AUGGCUCACGCAACUCCCAAAGCUUUGCAGACACAGAUGCAAAUCCAUCCCAAGGACCGCCCACGAUACACCUCGGACCAGAUACAGAAAUAUCUCGACCGGAUCAGCCUUCCCAAAAAGUUCCGCGACUUUGCAGUGCUCAACGACCCAAAACUAGCCCGCACGAAAGAACAUGGCCUCCCAUUACUGCAAGGUCUGGUCCGCUACCACGUCUGCAAUAUUCCCUUCGAGAAUCUGGAAAUCCACUACUCCAAACACCGGACCAUCUCCCUCGACAUGCACGAUCUGUACCACAAGUUCGUCGAACAGGGCUUGAAGCAUGGGAGAGGCGGUAGAUGUAUGGAGAAUAAUGGUUUCUUCGGCACGGUCCUGCGCUCUCUAGGUUACGACGUAAGGAACUGUGGCGGGCGGGUCAGUAGGAUGAUGUCCUCUGAUCCUGAAGUACGAGAGAAGCAGGGUGAGACGUAUGAUGGGUGGAAUCAUAUGCUUAAUCUCGUCCGCCUCGACAAAAAGUGGUUCGUGGUGGAUGUAGGUAUGGGUGUUUUCGGCCUAAAUAUCGUGGUGCCGCUUGAGGAUGGGUAUGAGUGUGAGUCUAUCGCUCCAAGACGAGUGCGGUUGCAGCGACGUGUGAUCCCUGAACAUGCGGCUGCGGAUGGGGAUCUGGGAGAGGCGGAGAAAAUGUGGUGUUACGACUCCUGCUUCGAUCCCUCAGCCUCACCUCAAGUCUGGGUACCGACGUAUUGUUUCACUACCUUGGAAUUUCUGCCACAGGAUUACGAGAUGAUGAGUUGGUAUACCUCUACUAAUCCGCGCUCCUUCUUCACGUAUCUGGUGCUAUGCAUGAAGAUGGAAAUGGAUGAGGCUGGGGAGAAGAUUAUCGGGGAUGUGAGUCUGCUGAAAGAUAGUGUCAGACGAACGCAUGGGCCAUUAUUAGGAGGCAGGAAGGAGGUGCUGAGGACGUGUAAGACGGAGCAAGAACGCAUUGAAGCACUGCAAGAGGUUCUGGGCGUGGACUUGACUGAAGAGGAGCGGGAGAAUAUUCGGCCGGAGACAGCGUUGGGUGGGUGA